GCGGUGGGCGGGGCGGCUGGAUGUUUGAACUGAUGGCGGCGGAGCUCCGGCGUCCGUGAAGCCCGUGGUUGGCUCGCUCUCGCGUCCCGUUCUUGCCCCGAGACCCGGAAGCCUUAGCGGAGGCGGCGGAGCCCGGACCCUCGCGGCCAGCCAUGGGCCCGCGCCGCAAAACGAGGACCCCGACGAGGCGGCCCUCCAGCCCGGUCCGCACGCCCUCGCGGCCGAGCCCGAGCCCGCGCCGCCAGCCGAGGACCCCGGCGAGGCGGCCCUCCAGCCCGGACCCCAGGCCCUCGCGAUCGACCUCCCGUGUGGGUCUACAGAGGAGGCGGAGAUUUCUGUGGCUUAAGGAAGUGAAGAACCUGCAGAAGAGCACAGACCUCUUGUUAAGGAAGAAACCUUUCAGCCUCGUUGUAAGAGAAAUAUGUGGGAAAUUCAGUCGUGGUGUGGAUUUGUGUUGGCAAGCCCAGGCCUUGUUGGCCCUUCAAGAGGCAGCCGAAGCGUUUCUAGUUCACCUCUUUGAAGACGCCUACCUCCUGUCCUUACAUGCUGGCCGAGUCACUCUUUUCCCCAAGGACGUGCAGCUGACCAGGAGGAUCCGAGGCAUCGAGGGAGGGCUUGGCUGAGCUGGCAGUGUGCUGUGUCUAGACAAUACCCGGGACCUUCUAGAGGUGAAGCUAGACCAGUGGGGCCUGAGGAGCUGCCUGGUUUUUGCUGAUUUUGAACAGCGCGGACACAUUGCCCUUUAAACCUUCUUUCUAAAAGAGACGGCUGUGUGGCUUUUCCCUGUGACAGGAAGAAGAGACCACUCCCAUAUGUGCAUGGACAUGAGACCAAAGGUCAACUUUGAUUUGUGAACUGCAGGAUCGUGACUGUUCGAGGGUGUCAGACACAUGAGAUCUUCCAUGUUAUGAGGAAAUAUUGCUAUUUUAAUCUUUCUGUACUAUGUGCAUCUUUUACCAUAUGUGUAUUUGUACUUUUAUUUAAAAUACGAGGGAGAAAAAUGUGGGUAAAAUUCCUGAAUCUGUCAUAUAGAAAACGCUGCCAGUCCCGCCAUACAAAAGCAUGCCUUCCAGACCGAGCUCAUCGUUGGCCUGUCAGCAAACAUGCAGCUUUUCAGAACUCAAGCAGAAUUGGAUGCAAAGUCUUUUCUUCCUUCUCUUCAAUGCUGGGGCUUCAAUCCAAAAUUUUGUACAUGCCAAGCAUAGACAGUAAUGUUAAGCUACAUCCGCAGCCUGAAAUAUAUCUUUCUGGUUCUUACCAAUAAAUUCCUACCAGAGGCAUUCAGAAAGUCUUGUAGAAGUGGACAUUUUAGUCUUAGCUAUAAGUCAUAUAAAAUGUAUAUCAUCUGGGGUUUUUUAAUGUGUUUUUAGUAUUUUUACAAGUUAUUUUUAGCUUUUUUGGGGAGAAAAUAAAAAAGAAUUACUUAAUGGAAAGAUUGAAAUAAGUUACUGUUGUAAGUGUAGAUGUUAUAAGCUUGUUUAAUAAAUAUUAAGCACAUUUUACACCAUUUGAAACAAUUGCAAUGUAAACAAGAGAAGUGAGUGCUGCAGAUUGGCCACUGAUGAAAAACUUGCCCUUUUGUUGUCAAUAAAAGCAGUGUAAGAGGUUUCCAGAAAAA